AUGGCGGCUCCGACAGUGUCGAAGGCGAGAUCGACAGAGACUUUCGUGGACAAUAAGCGGAAGGACGACAUACGUAUGGCCAACAUAGCGUCGGCGCAGUCUGUGGCGGAUGCCGUGCGGACCAGUCUCGGACCCAAGGGCAUGGACAAGAUGAUCUCAACCUCGUCGGGCGAGGUGAUAAUUACUAAUGACGGCGCCACCAUCCUCAAUAAAAUGGAAGUUCUUCAGCCCGCCGCCAAGUUCCUCGUCGAGCUCUCCAAAUCUCAGGACGUCGUCGCGGGAGAUGGCACCACCACCGUUGUCGUCAUCGCCGGAUCGCUGCUCAAGGCGUCACUUGGUCUGUUGACCUCCGGCAUCCACCCUACGAUUGUUUCUGAUUCCCUCCAUAAGACCUCAAUCAAAGCCGUGGAGAUUUUAUCCGCCAUGGCGGUCCCUGUAGAGCUCUCAGAUCGCGAAUCCCUUGUCAAAUCUGCCUCUACUUCUCUCAAUUCAAAGGUAGUGUCUCAGUACUCCACUCUUUUAGCUCCACUAGCUGUUGACGCUGUGCUUUCUGUGGUGGACCCACAAAAGCCCGAUUUAGUGGAUUUGAAAGAUAUUAGGAUUGUGAAGAAAUUGGGGGGAACUGUCGAUGACACCGAACUGGUAAGGGGACUUGUUUUCGAUAAGAAGGUUAGUCAUGCUGCUGGGGGCCCCACUAGGGCCGAAAAUGCUAAGAUAGCCGUGAUACAGUUCCAGAUAUCACCCCCUAAGACCGAUAUAGAGCAGAGCAUUGUGGUGUCUGACUACUCCCAGAUGGAUAGGAUUUUGAAAGAGGAGAGAACUUAUAUUCUGGGAAUGAUUAAGAAGAUCAAGGCCACAGGGUGCAACGUGUUGUUGAUCCAGAAGAGCAUUCUGAGGGAUGCUGUGACGGACUUGUCCCUGCAUUAUCUGGCAAAGGCGAAGAUUUUAGUCAUUCGAGAUGUUGAGAGGGACGAGAUUGAGAACAGGCAUGCACAGGGUGAGAUCAAUGCAGGCAUCAACGUGAGGAAGGGACAGAUAACAAAUAUUCUGGAGGAGAAUGUGGUGCAGCCUCUACUGGUGAGCACGAGUGCGAUUACCCUGUCUACGGAGUGCGUUCGCAUGAUUUUGAAGAUUGACGACAUUGUUACGGUGAGGUAG